CGGCCGGCGCGCGCUCUCGUGGCCUCGCUGUCCCGGCGGCGCCAACCGAAGCGCCGCGCCCGCUGUCGACAUGCUGCGCUGCGCUCUGCUCUGCCUGGUCCUGGCCGCGCUGACGCGCGCGGGCGCCGCCGCCCCGGAGGAGGAGGACCACGUCUUGGUGCUGCACAAGGGCAACUUCGAGGAGGCGCUGGCGGCCCACAAGUACCUGCUGGUGGAGUUCUACGCCCCGUGGUGUGGCCACUGCAAGGCUCUGGCUCCCGAGUAUGCCAAAGCAGCUGGGAGACUGAAGGCGGAAGGCUCAGAGAUCAGACUGGCAAAGGUAGAUGCCACCGAGGAGUCGGAUCUGGCCCAGCAGUAUGGGGUGCGUGGCUACCCUACGAUCAAGUUCUUCAAGAACGGAGACACCGCUGCCCCCAGAGAGUACACAGCUGGCAGAGAAGCCGAGGACAUCGUGGCCUGGCUGAAGAAACGCACCGGCCCGGCCGCCAGCACGCUGCCUGACGGGGCCGCCGCCGAGGCCCUGCUGGAGUCCAGCGAGGUGACGGUCAUCGGCUUCUUCAAGGAUGUGGAGUCGGACUUUGCUAAGCAGUUCCUGCUGGCAGCGGAGGCCAUCGAUGACAUACCUUUUGGGAUCACGUCCAACAGCGACGUGUUCUCCAAAUACCAGCUGGACAAGGACGGGGUUGUGCUCUUCAAGAAGUUUGACGAAGGCCGGAGCAACUUUGAGGGGGAGAUCACCAAAGAGAAGCUGCUGGACUUCAUUAAGCACAACCAGCUGCCGCUGGUCAUCGAGUUCACCGAGCAGACAGCCCCGAAGAUUUUCGGAGGGGAGAUCAAGACGCACAUCCUGCUCUUCCUGCCCAAGAGCGUGUCCGACUACGAGGGCAAACUGAGCAGCUUCAAGGCGGCCGCCGAGCACUUCAAGGGGAAGAUCCUGUUCAUCUUCAUCGACAGCGACCACACCGACAACCAGCGGAUCCUGGAGUUCUUCGGCCUCAAGAAGGAGGAGUGCCCCGCCGUGCGCCUCAUCACCCUGGAGGAGGAGAUGACCAAGUACAAGCCCGAGUCCGACGAGCUGACGGCAGAGAAGAUCGAAGAGUUCUGCCGCCGCUUCCUGGAGGGCAAGAUCAAGCCCCACCUCAUGAGCCAGGAGCUGCCUGAAGACUGGGACAAGCAGCCUGUCAAAGUGCUGGUCGGGAAAAACUUCGAAGAAGUUGCUUUUGACGAGAAAAAGAACGUCUUUGUGGAAUUCUACGCCCCGUGGUGUGGGCACUGCAAACAGUUGGCUCCCAUUUGGGAUAAGCUGGGAGAGACGUACAAGGACCACGAAAACAUCGUCAUCGCCAAGAUGGACUCGACAGCUAACGAGGUGGAGGCCGUGAAAGUGCACAGCUUCCCCACGCUGAAGUUCUUCCCCGCCGGCGCCGACAGGACGGUCAUUGAUUACAACGGCGAGCGGACACUCGAUGGCUUUAAAAAGUUCUUGGAGAGCGGCGGGCAGGACGGGGCCGGAGACGAGGACGACCUGGAAGAUCUGGAGGAGGCGGAAGAGCCUGACUUGGAGGAAGAUGACGAUCAGAAAGCUGUGAAGGAUGAACUGUGACGUGGAGGCCAGACCUUGGCGCCCAGACGCGGCACCUCAUGGCCGCACACCCAGCAGCGCGGCCUCCGGAAGCCGAGGCCCCUCCCCAGAAGGAGGGAACAUCCAUCGGAAAUGCAGGGAACUUUUCUGAAGCAACACUUCAUUCUGACACGUGUAAAUUUCAGCCCAUCACAUUUUGCUUUUCAAUUUUUGGAAAGGGAUCUAUCUCUAGGCCAGCCCAUCUUGGUGGGCCGUUUUUUUUUUUUUUUUUUUUAAUUGUGAUGUACCUUUUCGUACAUGGUUUUGUCCAAAGUGCUCGUUAAAAUGUCUUGGAAUCUCGGGCAGGUGAAGUCUCCUUCCUGUUAGGUUUAUACUAUCACUGCUAUACAUGCCAUUGGUGGGAUUUUUAGACAUUUUUGGACGUCAGGGUGUCCGUUCCACUCUGGCCGUGGCUCCCCGGAGGCCCCUGUCCCCUGCGCAGGGAGGGGCCCGGCCAGGCUGGACAGCCACUCUUCAUGCUGGUGUCCACGGCUACCCGUGGUUCCCACGUUGUCAGUGGGGAGUGGGGGGUGCAGGCCGAGCCCCCGGCAGCGCCCCUUCCUUCCAGAGCCAGGCUCCCCGUUCUGUGACUUCCAGGGUGGCCUGAGGCCUGCACCAGGUAGAACCAGAACCCUCUAUUUCCAGGCUGGGAAACGGUCAAGAGUGCUUGAGCCGAACCAAAUGUUGACAGUUUUCAGGCAUUUCUACCACAAUAUUGGAAUUGAACACAUUGGCCAAAUAAAAUUGAAAUUUUACUAUCUCUCA